UCGGGGAGGUGAGAGCUGUCCGGUGCUGAGGGGGGAAGAAGAUGAGCUCAGCGCGCGCCAGGGGGCAGGUAACGUCAGCAGUCGACCGGAGCAGGGAAAGAGUCCAUACACACCCACCAAGUGUUUAUCUCCGCUUAAUCACCGACACACAUUAAUGAUGGGCAGCUAAUCGGCACCUUGUGACUCAGCUCCGCUUUUUUAUUCCGAUUCAUGAGUGCCUCGGCAGCAUCCCGCGCCCUCCGCUUGGCUUGAAAUGGGAUGAUAUGGGAUUUUUCAUGUCGACGAAGAUCGGAGGGAUUCUUGCGUUUGCCUUGGUAUUCCUGUCCCUGGUGGUGUCAGGAGACUCGGAUGCAGACGUGAAGUGUGAGCACAUUUAUAAGGACUUUUCUGAUUGUGUCCUGGAGCUGGGAGACAGCAUGGACAACUAUCAGGAGAACGUGACCAGCGAGAGGGGAGUGGCGGCCGUGUGCAGCCACUGGGAAGCUUUCCACACAUGUGCCCUCACGGCGCUGUCUGACUGUCAGGAGGAAGUCAGCUCCAUCUGGGAGACUCUGAGGCAGGACUCCACGAAGAUGCGCUUCCAGGGAAGUCUGUUCGACCUGUGCAGCCCCAGCUCCUCGCCCAGCUUGAGUUCACCUCUCGCUGCCCUUACCCUACCACUGAUGGGCGUGCUCAUCAUGACUGGGCCCGACUGGUACCCUGUAUAG